AUAUCUCAAACAAACAAGGUCAAAAUCGCCAUUACCCCACCAUCCAAGUUCCGUGGAAGCAAACACCGCAGAAGCAAACAGAGCAAAACAGAGGAAGGUAGCAGCACAGCGAUGGUAACAAAACCAAGCAUGUCUCUCACGUGUUUUGCACGUGUUACCAUCUUCCUCUACGCUCUAACCCUAUCAACUGCGUUUCACCGCCAUGAAAACUUGAUUCAGGACGUGGCUAGAAAGCUUGAGCUCAAAGACAACGAACUUCUCAAAACUGAGAAGAAGUUCAAAGUUUUCAUGCAAGAUUACUCCAAAAGUUACUCUACAAGGGAAGAGUAUUUACUACGCCUUGGGAUUUUUGCCAAAAACUUGGUCAAAGCUGUGGAACACCAAGCACUUGAUCCAACCGCCAUUCAUGGUGUUACUCAGUUCUCUGAUCUCUCUGACGAGGAGUUUGAACGGUUCUAUACUGGUGUUAGAGGUGGAUUCCCCUCGAGUAACGGCGUUGGCGAGGUUGCACCACCCUUGGAUGUGGAAGGAUUGCCGGAGAAUUUCGAUUGGAGGGAGAAAGGGGCUGUUACUGGAGUCAAGAUGCAGGGUACAUGUGGAUCUUGCUGGGCUUUCAGCACUACAGGAUCUAUAGAAGGAGCCAAUUUUCUUGCCACAGGAAAACUCCUCAGUCUUAGUGAACAACAGCUUGUGGACUGUGACAGCAAGUGUGACAUAACAGACAAGACAUCAUGUGACAAUGGUUGUAAUGGAGGUCUUAUGACAAAUGCCUAUAAUUAUUUGCUUGAGGCUGGUGGAUUAGAGGAGGAAAAUGCAUACCCUUACACUGGUGGUAAGGGUGAAUGCAAGUUUGAUCCAAAGAAAAUUGCAGUUAAAAUCACAAAUUUCACCAAUAUACCUGUGGAUGAGAACCAAAUUGCUGCAUAUUUAGUUAAUCACGGUCCACUUGCAAUGGGGGUAAAUGCGGUUUUCAUGCAAACAUACAUUGGUGGUGUGUCAUGCCCUCUCAUAUGUAGCAAGAGAAUGCUGAACCAUGGUGUAUUGCUUGUGGGAUAUAACUCACAAGGUUUCUCCAUUCUUAGGCUUCGCAAGAAACCAUAUUGGAUCAUUAAGAAUUCGUGGGGAGAACGAUGGGGAGAAAAAGGGUAUUACAAGCUUUGCAGAGGGCAUGGUAUGUGUGGAAUGAACACAAUGGUUUCUGCUGCAAUGGUCGCUCAAACACAACCAGCUGAAAACAAAUCAUAUGCUUCCUAUUAGCUAGCUACCUAGUUCUGUUCUUGCUUUGCUAUGGAGACAGAAAAAGUGUGGAGUAUUGGCGAUAAGUUCUUAUUAUUAUAGCAAAAUAGUUCCUUUCCUAUUAGGUUUGAUAUAUGUAAGAGACUUCACCAAAUUGUAAUAAGUUUGCUUCUCCAAUUUAGUUUAAGUUCCCUCUUAAGAAAUGUAUUGUAGUGUGUGGAUGUAAUGUAUACUAUAUGAUAUAUGAUUAGGAAUGUGUGUGUUAUAAGGUGUUAAGACCUAACAAAAUCUUUCUACA